AUGUCGCUAGCUCGGAUUUCGGUUGAAGAUUGCUGCACUGACUGCUCUGGAGAUUGUCUCUCAGUGGCAAUACCAUGUGCAUGUGCUCGUGAAACCGGUGGAGAGUUUGUGUACACAGCACAAGGCCUGCUUAAAGAAGAUUUUUUAACAGCUUGUGUCAAGGAACCGGAGGCGCGCAACUUUGUUUAUUGUCAAGACUGUCCCAAUGAGAGGUCUAAGAACGAGUACUACCCCGAAAAAUGCAAAGGUCACCACAUCAGGAAGUUUAAUAAAGAAUGCUGGAGAAAAUGUGGAUGUGACUUGUCGUGUGGAAAUCGGGUGUUUGUGACUCCUGAAGGGAAAGGCUGGAGUGUUAGGAUACUAGAGGUCUUGCAGAAUGGGGCAUUUGUCUGUGAAUAUGUUGGGGAGAUACUGAACAACAACGAAUUGUACGAGAGAAAUACCCAAAGCUGGGAGCUAAGAGACAUACCUACCCCGUAUUGCUCAGAGCAAAUUUUGAAGGAUGACGAUGCCCUUUGUCUUGAUGAAACAUCUCAUGGAAAUGUUGCCAGAUUUAUCAAUCAUAGUUGCUCUGAUGCAAAUUUGAUUGAUAUCCCAGUUCAAGUGGAGACCCCUGACCGUCACUAUUAUCACAUACGGGUUCGGUUGCUUUCAAUUUCAAUUCUUACACACUAAUUACACUGGAUGAAAAAGCAUCUGAGUACCUUAUUUGUGCGUAUGCAGUUUGCAUUUUUUGCUACGAGGAAAGUGAACGCUUUUGAAGAGCUGA